GGGGGGCCCGGAGGUGGGCCCGGCCGGGGCGGCGACGCCAGCCCAGUUCCGGCGAGGAGGCCGCGCCGGGGACAACCAUGGCGGCCCAGUCGGUCCUCCAACUGGUGGAGAAGCUGCAGUCCAGGCUGGCCGACAACCCCGACCCCAAAAAGCUGCUGAAACAUCUGAAGAGGCUCUCGGACCUGCCCAUUACCAUCGACAUCCUUGUGGAAACCGGAGUUGGGAAAACCGUCAAUGGGCUGAGGAAGCACGAGCUGGUCGGAGGCUUUGCCAAGGAUCUGGUGGCUCGGUGGAAGAGGCUGGUGCCCACUCCCCAAGAAGUGGAAAGGAGCACCCUGGAGGAGGAGGACCGGAGCGUUUCCCGGAAGAGACCCCGCGAGCCUUCCCCCAGGCCGCAGGUAGAGGAGGAGGACGACGAUGACGCUGCUGCCGCCGUGCGAGAAGACUGGAGGGCUUCCUGUAGCCAGUCACGCAGCCCCGAGCACAGAGGGAAGAAGGCCAAGAGGCUCCCCGGACCCGAGAGACCGGCCAGAGGGCCCCUCCUCGGCGAGCCGCGGGAGGACAGGAGCCGAUGGGGCAAGGCCUCGCCCCUCUACUCUUCGGACCAGGAGUAUUCGGACCCCGGCCAGGCCCAGUCCCCGGAGCCGAGCGGGAGCCCCCAGGGGACGUACCGGGACCCUUACCGGAGCCAGGAGCCGGGCGACGAGCCGCCCGCCGCCCACCGCAAGCCCCCCAGAGGCCCCGGAGAGCCCGGGACCCGGAGCAAAGAGCACAAGUCCGCACACCGGGACGGGCGGCGUGGUCCGGAGGCGGCCGGGAGCCGGGAGGAGGGCCGGCGGCCUCCCUCGGGAGACGGUGCCAAGGACAAGUUGACUCCGGCCGGUGGGCCCAAGCGGGAGAAGGAGAGAGAGGGCGGUGGCUCCAGGAAACGGCCCCUCCCCGAGGCCACGCCGGGCAACCAGGCCAAAAAGCCCAAGCUCAAGGACUCCGAGAGGCCCAAACCGGACAGGCCCAAGGCGGGCGCCGACGGCACGGAGGGGGCGAGAUGGCGGUGGGACGAGGACCCGGCCCCCCGGGGCAGAGAGAAGGGCGCCGUCAACAGCACAAAGACUCAGGAAGGCAAGGCCCGGGCCCCCGACGCCGACCGGAAGGCCGCCGCCCCUCCCCUAGCCGGACCGGCCGAGGCCGAGGCGGAAGACGAGUUCGAGCCGCCCACCAUGUCGUUCGAGUCCUACCUCAGCUACGACCAGCCCCAGAGGAAGAAGAAGAAGCCCCUGAAGGCCGCAGGCUCCGAGGGGGACAAGGGGCACCACAAGCAGAACGGCUCCAAGGCCGGCGGCAAGGGCUCGGAUCCCGUCCCGAAACCAGCCAAGGAGACCGAGAGCAGACCGGAGAGGCGGCCGCCCGCGGACGGCCCGGCCAAGGCGAAGAAGAUCCCCAUCGACGUCGUGCCGACGCUCCCGGACAUCCCCCUGCCCACGAUGCAGACCACGUACCGGCCGCUGCCUUCUCUGGACCUGACGCCCCCCUCCCAGCCCAAGAGGAAAGUGGUCUCCUGGCCUCAGGAGGAAGAGGAGUCUGGAUUCACUGGACGCAGGCUGAACUCCAAGAUGCAGGUGUACUCGGGUUCCAAGUCCGCGUACCUGCCCAAGAUGAUGUCCCUGUACGAGCAGUGCAUCCGCGUCCUCAACAACAACAUCGACUCAAUCUAUGAAGUUGGAGGGGUCCCCUACUCGGUGCUGGAGCCGGUCCUGGAGAGGUGCACCCCGGAACAGCUGUAUCGCAUCGAGGAGUGCAAUCACGUGUUGAUCGAAGAAAGCGAUCAGCUCUGGAGGACGCACUGCCAACGAGACUUUAAGCGGGAGAGGCCCGAGGAGUUCGAGUCCUGGCGGGAGAUGUACCUCCGGCUGCAUGAUGCCCGGGAACAGCGGCUACUCCUCCUGACGCAGAAUAUCCGCUCCGCCCAUGCCAACAAACCCAAAGGCCGCCAGGCCAAGAUGGCCUUCGUCAACUCCGUGGCCAAACCUCCUCGCGACGUGAGGAGACGGCAGGAGAAGUUCGGAACCGGGGGAGCUGCCGUCGCAGAAAGGAUCAAGAUCAAACCGGCCCCGUUCACCUCUGGCAGCAGCGGCGGCGGCGGCUACGCCUCGGGGAGCGGCUCCAACCACAGCAGCAACGGCCCGGCCUACGACGGCCCCAGCACAAGCAGCGUCCACUCCGCCCCGCACGUCGUGAGCUACGACCCCCGGAAGCCCCCCGUGAAGAAAAUCGCCCCCAUGAUGGCCAAGACGAUCAAGGCUUUCAAGAACAGGUUCUCCCGACGGUAGACCGGCCCGGCCCAGGGGGGCGACGGCGGGGACAGGAAGAGGAAAACCCCACCGGAGUCCCCGGGCUCCGCCCCGCCGACGCCGCCGUCUCCGGGGCGGGGGCCGUGCCCGAGGCCUGACAGACAGUGCAGUAUUCGCCCGCCGUCGCGAGAGACUUCGGAACCCUCCUCCCGGGCUGGAAGCGGGGACCCCCACUGGAACCGCAGCCCCAGGGAUUUCGCCACGCUGAUGACAGAGACAUGAAGACCCCCGUAAGGAUUUUAAGGUCAUUCGCACCUUGUCGCUAUUUAACUUCUCCGUGAACUCUGAAGCAUAGUCGGAAUGAUUCGAAUAUUGCCCACCCCAUUCCGAUGGCAUUUAUGAUCGGCCCGGUACUGCCCCUUCCCAGGCUUUCCCGGGAAGCGGGGCCGGACAGGUACCUUUGCCAUCCUGACCCUUACGGUGGGAACCCUUCAUCUGCAUGUGAGAAGGCCUUGGCCUCGGGCAAAGGCAAAAGGACCCAGAGCUUCCACCCUGGCAUCGAUUCGGGCGAGGCUGGGCUGCCUCCUCACCCCCCAUUCCUUUCGCUCCAGUCUAACUGGAAUCCCUCCAAAGUCUGGGGGAGGAACCUGAGUUCCGCCGAGCCCAGCGUUUUACGCCUUUCCCAAGCCAAAACGUUUUUAAAGGGGUCAACGGAGCGGGGACGAACGCUGAGGCUUCCAACCCCCGGCAAAGACUUUCCGGUUUUAAAGUUGGCACUUUAAUCUCUUAGUUUCCUGUGAACUAUUGCUGGCGGCGGACUGUUUUUAACAUGUGUAAUGGUGAUGGGUAGAGCAGCGAGCUCGACGGGAGAGAGGGGGGCUCGGGUUGGAGACUCCCAACGCUCGGAAACCCGGCCGCAUGGGGGAAAAGGGUGGAAAAGCGCGGGGAUCGAAGCCAGGAUUUUAAUCGAUCCGCCUCAGGGAGUAGAGGGGGGGAGGGAGGAGGCCGGGGUUUCCGGGUCCUGGGGGCUCGAAGAGGAAAUCCAUCAAAAUAGGAAGGUGUUUCGGUGCACCUGUCAGCUGCCCAGCUGCAGCUGAGUAAGGACAAUGACCUUAGUCGUGACAAUAGGAAGAAGCGGGGCUCCCCACCCACCCCAGGACCUGGAUUUGGGGAUUUUUCCGGGGAGGCCACCCCGUGACCGGGGGGAAACGCCGUUUCCCAAGCCUCGCCCGUCGGGGAGGCCCCAAAGACGCGACUUAAUGGUGUCCCGGUGUGAACACGGACACCCCUCCGACCGGAGUGGGAAAGGAGGUGCUCGCCUGUUUGCUGAGGUCUCAGAAUGGGGGGUGGGGGGUGGGUGAACGUGGUCGGGGAGGGGGCCGUCGGUUAAACCAGUUGGCACAAACGACUGAAAGACACAAGCAGCAACGGAGCGUUGCCUGAUCAAUCUGUUUCCUUUGUGAAAACUUGUGUGCAAUCCUUAAUUUUCUGUGCUACACUACAAGCGAACCACCAAACGGCAAAACUAGCCCUCCGUGAGUGCGGCGGAUGGUUUUUAGGGGCCUUUUCCCUAGGGUUGGGGCGGGGAGGGAAACGAGGUAUUUCAAUCUGCAUUUGUAUUUUGGUCCCCAAAUGUAAAUACAAUUUUCUAUGUUACUUUUUUGUGGUAACUACCAAGAUGAAUAUUUUAAUUAGAUAAGUUAUAUGAAAAGGAAGGAAAAAUUCCACGUCUGAAUAAAGGAGCAAGCACUGGA